AUGUAUGCCAUUGCAGUCAGUGCGGCAUGUCAAGCUACAUACAAUUUGAAAUGCAUUACUGAGCCUCAAAUCACUCUUGGACCACAAGAGAUUAUUGACUGUGUGCACGAAAAAUUCGAGCAUAGUAAAAAGACUAUGGAGGAUGUCGACAAGAAAAGUUGUAUGCUUUCUUCCACACGCAAGUCUUUGACUUAUGUCACCAAUUAUGGCAUAAUUAUCCUUUCCAAGCGAGAAGAUGUCUUUAUACCGAGGCUUAAACUGAAGAACUUUACCAUGGUGCCUACCAAUUAUGCUGAGAAAAUCAUCAUAAACCUCAUCAAUUGCCACCCAAUAACUGGUGUUAUAAAAACGACUCAAGAGUUCAUUGAACUCGAGAAUGAAAUCUUUACAGGACCAAUCAAUGAAUACUCACACCUGUACGGAAGCCAUACAAUGCUGGUGGUGGGUUAUGGAGAGGAGGAUGGGGAAAAAUUUUACUGGGUGCGAAACUCCUAG